CACGGACAGCGAGCAAAGGAGUGGCCCCGCCCUCACCGCUGAAGCCACGCCCCGGAAGGAGGGUGGGCUCGGCGGUUCUGUUGAGGUGCUGGUUGCGCCCUUACACAAGAUGGCGGCUCAUGGGACGGACGGGAUUCGCCUGAGUGCGUUGUGCCCCAGAUUUCUGCAUACUAACUCCACGAGUCAUACUUGGCCUUUCAGUGCUGUGGCAGAACUUAUAGAUAAUGCCUACGAUCCCGAUGUCAGCGCUAAGCAAUUCUGGAUUGAUAAAACUGUUUUUAAACAGGAGAUCUGUCUCACAUUUACAGACAAUGGGAAUGGGAUGGAUUUGGACAAAUUGCACAAGAUGCUUAGUUUCGGUUUCAGUGACAAGGUUGCCGUUCAUGGCCAUGUCCCUGUCGGGCUGUACGGAAAUGGAUUUAAGUCGGGAUCUAUGCGUCUAGGAAAGGAUGCAAUUGUGUUCACAAAAAAUGAAAAUGGAUUGCACGUGGGAAUGUUAUCUCAGACCUAUUUGGAGAAGAUUAAUGCAGAGCACGUCAUUGUGCCAAUUAUCUCCUUUGACAAGCAAAAGCAGUUGGUGAAGACGCAAGACUCCGAUGCAAAUCUGAGAGCCAUCCUGACCCACUCUCUCCUGAAAACUCAAACUGAACUUUUGGCUGAACUUGAAGCCAUUAAAGGCAAAAAAGGAACAAGGAUCAUUAUCUGGAACCUAAGAAGGUCCCAAAAAGACAUUGAUUGUUCAUGGGACAAGCGUGGAUGUACAGAAUUUGAUUUUGUUAAUGAUAAAUAUGACAUAAGAAUUCCUGAGGAGACGGAUGGUUCUAAUAAGAAGGGCUAUAAGAAGCAAGACAGGAUGGACCAAGUUGCUCCAGACAGCGACUACUCAUUACGUGCUUAUUGCAGCAUUCUGUAUUUGAAACCAAGGAUGCAGAUCAUUAUCAGAGGUGAAAAAGUUCAAACACAACUUGUUUCCAAAAGCCUUGCCCUCAUAGAAAAGGAUGUCUAUAGACCCAAGUUUCUGGCUCCUAAAACGGUGAAAAUUACUUUUGGAUACAACUGCCGGAACAAAGAGCAUUAUGGGAUAAUGAUGUAUCACAAGAACAGGCUCAUUAAGGCCUAUGUUAGAGUUGGCUGCCAAUUAAAGGCUAACAAUAUGGGAGUUGGUGUUGUUGGCAUUAUUGAAUGUAACUUUUUAAAACCCACACAUAACAAACAAGACUUUGACUACACCAAUGACUAUAGGCUCACGCUAACUGCAUUAGGAGAGAAACUUAAUGACUACUGGCAGGAGAUGAAACUGAAAAAGAAUACCCUUGACGGGGUGGAUCUUCCCAUGGAAGAUGUUGCGAGAAAGCCUGACCAGGUCUGGGCCCAGUGUGACAACUGUCUGAAGUGGAGAAAAAUUCCUGAUGGUGUCAAACUGCCAUCAAAGUGGUUUUGUUCCAUGAACGCUGACCCUCAGUUCCGAGACUGCACCGUGCCUGAGGAGCCCGAGGAUGACGAUGAGAUCACACAUUCAACCUAUGAAAAGACACAUAAAAGAAGGAAAUCUGAACUGCUCCUACAGCUUAGUAAUAAACCGACCAUUCUGUCUACGCCACUCAAUAAAGACAUGCAAGCAGCUCUCAGUCGUGUCCAGGCGCAAUACAGACCAAUGGGACUAAUGGCGGCACCUCCAACAGUAGCAUCUGAAACAGCUGGCCAGACCGGGUUCCUGGCUGACAGGUUAAAACGUCCAGGUGCUUUUGAAUCUUCGAUGAUCCCUGCUAAAAAGCCUCAUAUGACUAUAUCGGAGACAAUUGAGCUUCCGGAUGGUGAUGAUGAAGAUGUAGCUACCGACUUUGAUGUUAUCAUUAUUGAAGAAGAUAGCACUCCCAAACCCAACGAUAAUGCCAAACCUGUGAACAGCACCGCUCCAGGAUUAAUGACUGCAGCCACCACCCAGACUGACAGGGGAGGAACUACUAUUAAAAAGGAAGUAGAUUCCAAUGGCUAUGCCAACUUCCAGGCAAGCCAACAAGUGCCGAAUACCGAUUACAGCUAUUGUAAUGGAACUACCACACAAGAUGGAUCUCACCAUGUAAACCCCCAAAGCUCUGAAGAUUAUUACCAUAAGCAAUGUGAUGAGCUCUCUGCGAAGGUUAAACAUCUACAGGACCAGUUAGCUGAGGCAUUAGGCCAGCAAGUGAAGAAAGAGACUUCUCAGGCCUGUUUCCAAACUGAUCCUUUACCCACACAAGACAUGUCCAGCAAACAAAUGGUAGCAAAUUAUGAACAAGCUCUAAAAGAGGUGCACAGGCUGAAAGUUCUGUGCAACACUCUGCAGUCAAUGAAAUCUGAGCCGGGGGCCAGCCAGGUAAAUGAGGCCGACGCAAACGCCCAGAGUGAAGUAGACGACAUGGCCAUUCAGCUCGAUGGAGUGUUCCGCCAGCUUGACAGUUGCUGCACUGAGCGGGAUCAGUAUAAGACUGAGAUUGAGCGGCUGAAGCAACAGAAAUGUAAGCUGGAUAAUGCAAAUGGCAGACUUAAAACUAAAGUGGAACAACUAAAGAAGGAGAUCCAGAACUCGGCCUUAGCCAGUACAUCGAGGGAUGAAAGCACAAAGCUCCGAACACUCCGAGUUAACACUGCCCAGUUACUCACCAUGCUGAUGCCGGAGCUGAAUUUAGGAGAGAUGGACUAUGAUGUUGACGUGAUUGAUGACAUUCUACAGCAAGUCCUGGAACAGGCAGAGAAACAAGUCAAUGGGAACGAGUAACUUUCACUGCACAAUUGAGCAAUUACAGAUUGCCUGAACUGAAUUAAACGCUGCCCUCUUGUGGCUGGGAAGACUGCAAACUUUUUGGAUUUCUCAGCUUCCACGGCAUCGGCACGUUAUACCUUUACAAGCAGACUAAUGGUUAAAUUUUAUACGAGAGGAGAUUCUUUUUUUUUUUGUUUUUUUUUUUAAAAGGUAUACAAGAGAAGUUUUAUGCACUCUACUGUUACCUCAGUUUUUAUACAGAUUUCCAGAUGUUUUGCUGUAUUUUUUUUAAAGCUUAAAUUGCCAAAUAAAAAAAAAAAAGAGCGGUAAAAUAAAAUUUUACAAAUAUUCAAGGAUUUUGGAAGCUAGAAAUUGUAUUGACUCUCAAACAUUCGAUAAAACUGCCGUGUUUUUAACCUUA